UGCAAGACCUGCAGCAGUGCUGCCUGCCAUGGCCCCGAGGGCCCCACGCACUACUCUGUCCAGUCUCCAGCUCCUGGCCGGACCAGGCCUCGUCCUGCUCAGCCUUCAGCUCCUCCCCAUGCCGGCAGCGUCAUCUGACCACGACGAGGACCUGUCAGCACAGCCCUGCCUCCGCCGGGAACACCCUACUGUCUCCUUUGAGGCUCUGCAGCCCUGGCUCUCCACCUUCUCGCACCCUGGAACAUGGGAUUUCUCCCAGCUUGUCUUGGACCCGCCCCGCAACCAAAUCAUUGUGGGGGCCAGGAACCACCUUUUCCGUCUCAGCCUGGGAAACGUGUCCCUCCUGCAGGCCACAGAGUGGGGCCCAGACGAAGACAACCAGCACUCCUGCAGGAGCAAGGGGAAGACGGAGGAUGAGUGCCAGAACUAUAUACGGGUUCUCAUCAUUUUCGGCCAGAAGCUCUUCACCUGCGGCACUAACGCCUUCUCUCCGAUAUGUUCCAGCCGGCAGCUGGGCGACCUGAGCCGGACCCUGGAGCGCAUCAACGGGGCGGCGCGGUGCCCGUACGACCCCCAGCACAACGGCACGGCGCUGAUGGUGCCCACGGGGGAGCUGUACGCCGCCACCGUCAUCGACUUCUCCGGCCGCGACGCCGCCAUCUACCGCAGCCUCGGCCCCGGGCCCGCCCUCCGCACCGCACAAUACAACUCCAAGUGGCUCAACGAGCCCAACUUCGUGGCUGCCUUCGACGUCGGCCUGUUCAUCUACUUUCUGUUCCGUGAGACGGCCGUGGAGCAGGAGUGCGGGCACAGCGUGUACUCGCGUGUGGCGCGCGUGUGCAAGAACGACGUGGGCGGCCGCUUCCUGCUGGAGGCCACGUGGACCACGUUUUCCAAGGCCCGGCUCAACUGCUCGCGGCCCGGCGAGGCCCCCUUCUACUACGACGAGCUGCAGAGCGCCGUCCACCUCCCCCAGCUGGGCCUCGUCUACGCCGCUUUCACCACCAACGCGAACAGCGUGGCCGCCUCGGCCGUCUGCGCCUUCAACCUGAGCGCCAUCGCCCGGGCCUUCAACGGGCCGUUCCGCUCCCAGGAGACACCACGCUCCGCCUGGCUCAGCACUGCCAACCCCAUCCCCAACUUCCAGUGUGGCACCGGGCAGGACGAAGGCCCCAACGCCAACCUGACGGAGAGAAGCCUGCAGGACGCCCAGCGUCUGCUCCUCAUGGCCGAGGCGGUGCAGCCCGUGACCCCCGAGCCCCCGGUCACGCAGGACAGCGUCCGCUUCUCCCGCCUGGCCGUGGACCUGGUGCAGGGCAAGGACACGCUCUACCACGUGCUCUACAUCGGCACCGAGUCCGGCACGGUGCUGAAGGCGCUGUCGGCCGCCCCCCGAGGCCUGCGCGGCUGCUACUUGGAGGAGAUGCAGGUGCUGCCCGCCGGGCGCCGGGAGCCCGUCCGCAGCCUGCAGCUGCUGCCCGGCCAGCGGGCGCUCUUCGUGGGGCUCAGCCACAGCGUCCUGCGCGUCCCCCUGCAGCGCUGCGCCUCCCACCGCUCCCGCGGGGCCUGCCUGGGGGCCCGGGACCCCUACUGCGGCUGGGACGAGAAGCAGCAGCGGUGCAGCACCAGCGAGGACUCCGCUGACAAGAGCCUGUGGACGCAGGACAUCAGCGCCUGUCCGGUGAAGAACCUGACGGUGGACGGGGCGUUCGGGCCGUGGUCCGCGUGGCAGCCGUGUGAGCCGUCGGACGGGCCCGGCUCCGGGGUCUGCCUGAGCCGCGUCCGGGCCUGCGACCACCCGGCCCCCCGCUGCGGCGGCCGAGCCUGCUCCGGGACCCACGUGCAGAUCGCCAACUGCUCCCGGAACGGUGCGUGGACGCCGUGGGCCCCGUGGGCACCGUGCAGCACCACGUGCGGGAUCGGGUUCCGCGUCCGGCAGCGCAGCUGCAGCAACCCCGCCCCGCGCCACGGGGGCCGCGUCUGCGUGGGCCAGAGCCGCGAGGAGCGAUUCUGCAACGAGAACAGCCCCUGCCCGGUCCCGGUGUUCUGGGCCUCCUGGGGCCCUUGGGGUCAGUGCAGCGCCCACUGCGGGGGCGGCGUCCACUCGCGGCUGCGGACGUGUGAGAACGGGAACAGCUGCCCCGGCUGCGCCCUGGAGUACCGGCCGUGCAGCCCCGAGCCGUGCCCGGAGGUCCGCAGGAACACGCCCUGGACCCCCUGGAUGCCCACCAACGGGACGAGGGGCGGCGCCCGCCUGGAGCAACGCUUCCGCUACACCUGCCGAGCCCCCCUGCCCGACCCCCGCGGCCUCCAGCUCGGCCGCCGCAGGACCGAGAGCCGAGCCUGCCCCCGGGAUCGUCCCGACGCCUGCGACACCCACGCCCUGGUGGAUGAGCUGCUGAGCGUCCAGAGCUCGGCCAGAGCGGUCAGCGGUGGCUGGUCCCUCUGGGGCCCGUGGUCUGGCUGCUCCCGGGAUUGCGAGCUCGGCUACCGCCUACGACGACGCACAUGUGCCAACCCGGAGCCCCGCCAUGGGGGGCUGCCCUGCGUGGGAGCAGCUGUUGACUACCAGGACUGCAACCCCCAGCCCUGCCCAGUGAAAGGUUCCUGGUCCUGCUGGUCAUCCUGGUCAUCCUGCUCGGCCCCGUGCGGGGGCGGCCACUACCAGCGCACCCGCACCUGCUCCAGCCCCGGGCCUGCCGACCCCCAGGAUAUCUGCUUGGGGCUGCACACUGAGGAGGCGCUCUGCAGCACCCACGCCUGCCCAGGCGGAUGGUCAGUGUGGUCGGAGUGGGGCCCGUGUGAAGAAGGUGGUGUCCAGGUCCGCAGCCGCUCCUGCGAGGGCCCUGGCCUGGUCCAGUGCACGGGGAACGGCACGCAGCACCGAGGCUGUCUCCACGGCGAGAGCCCGGUGAUCCUGCCGGCAUCUGGCAUCCAUCAGGGCGGCAACUGCGCAGGAUUCAGCCUCAUCCAUUUGAUUGCCACUGGCAUAUCCUGUUUCUUGGGUUCCGGCCUUCUGAGCCUCGCCAUCUACGCGUCCUGUCAGCGCUGCCCACGGCAGACCCCGGAGUCCUCGGCCAUCCACCCUGCCACCCCCAACCAUCUGCACUACAAGGCGGGCACUCCCAAGAACGAGAGAUACACACCCAUGGAGUUCAAGACCCUGAACAAAAACAGCCUGCCCCCCGAUGAGCGGCCCGGCUUCUACCCGCUGCAGCAGACCAACGUGUACACGACCACCUACUACCCCAGCUCCCUGAACAAGUUCGACUUCCGGGCCGAUGCCUCCCCGGGCCGGACCUUCACCAACAGCUGAGCCUUCCCGCCGCCCACGCCGUCACCUCGGGACAUCCCUUCUGCAGGCUGGCCAGUUGGUGGGCUGCCACGCUGCCCUCUUUCUGGACAUGAGCCCAUGCCGGGACUCCCAACCUGGCCUCGAGUUGUUUACUCUGACUGGCCUCUGGGACUCACCGGACACUGGGGCCUGAGGACCUGGGGGCUUGGGGACUGGGGAUCUGAAGGCCUGGGGGUCUGGAGGCCUGGGUUGGACUUUGUGCUCAAAACGGUAGCCUCCUUCACACUCAGCCAUGUUUCCCCUGAUCCCCCAUGAUGCCCUGAGCUUGGGGCCGGGGCUGUAGGGAAUGGAGCAAGGCCUGGGGUCACCUCCCAGGCACAGACAGGAUUACCAGAACUGGGGCCUCCCCCAUGUUAUGGGAAACACUGAAUUUUGCUCCCUGGCCCAGCCCUGGAGGGAUUUGGGAAUGCAGUGGCUGGGGAGACUGGGGACUUAGGAGCCAGGUUUGGGGUGGGGAGGGUGGGCAGAGGCAUGAUGGCCGAAGUGAGCGGGGACAUAGGGGCCCGGGAGACCAGAGGCACAAUGGCUAGGGGACCAGGGACCCAGGGGCUGGGGGAACCAGAGACAAAGUUGCCAGAGGUGCCAGGGAUCGAUGCUGGGGGGCUGGGGGCCGGGAUGACUGGGGGCUCAGAGACUGGGGGGACUGAGGUUACAGUGGCUGGGGGACCGGG